CCAGAAUUUAAGUACUUACUGAAACAGAAGCUCCAGGUUUUGGACAAAAAGAAUUACGUUCUAUGCACUUUUUUGCUCCGAAUACUUUAUCUGAAAAUUGCUUAUCUGAUGAUGCUCACGGCCGAAGAAGUGAAGUUUUGAUUGCGGGAAGCGAUAACCGAUUUAUCGCGAUGUGAUCAUCGCUUACCGCGUGCGCAUGUACGUCGAUUUUAGGGUAUUUGAAGUUUGAACGCAUCGCCGUGGAUUUCGUGCUAUUCUCCUCUCUGUAUUGAUUCCGCACAUCCGACAUUUUUCCGCAGGAUUUCUGCUGUAUGAUGGAGGCUCCUCACGGGAAGAUGAAGCUGUGGAUCCGUUCAGCCUGCCAGGUGGUGCAGAUCUGCACCAACGGCGAGAGGUUUCUCAAAGGCACCCACAUGCAACAAGUGGCGGUGCUGCAGCAGCGUCAGCUGGCCGAUGGCACCACGGACGGCGUUGGCGUUACGGUAUCCAGUGAUGGAUUGAUCGCCGCUGUGGAUUACGAUUCUGUGAUCGGAACAAAUUACCCGCCGAGUUGUUUCGACAGCAUCGUGGAUGCCAGCGGACAGUGCAUUCUGCCGGGACUGAUCGAUGCGCACACGCAUCCGGUGUGGGCCGGCGAUCGCGUCCACGAGUUUUCUAUGAAGCUUGCAGGAGCAUCAUACAUGGACAUUCACAAAGCCGGUGGAGGCAUUUAUUUCACCGUCGACCACACCAACGCGGCCACCGAGGAGGAGCUGUACGCGUCCUUAAAGGAGCGAUUGCUGCUUAUGCUGCAGACUGGCACCACUUCGACGGAAGUGAAGAGUGGCUACGGAUUGGAUUUCGCCAACGAAGUCAAACUGCUGCGCGUAUUGCAUCGUGUCAAAGCGGAAAUCCCCAUGACCUUAUCCAUCACAUACUGUGGCGCUCAUGCUGUCCCAAAAGGAAGUACGUCGGAUGCCGCCACCGAGGACAUUGUAAAUCACGAUCUGCCCGAGUUGCGACGGAUGGUCGACCAGGGCGAGGUGUCCAUUGACAAUGUGGAUAUUUUCUGUGAGAAAAACGUCUUCUCCGUGGAACAGACCCGGCGUAUUUUGGAGAAGGCGCGCUCCCUGGAUUUUCACGGGAAUUUUCAUGCGGAAGAGCUGUCGUAUUUGGGCGGCACCGAGAUGGGCGUGGCAGUGGGUGCGCGGGCCAUUUCCCAUCUGGAGCACAUUAGUGAAACCGCCAUGCAACGCAUGGCCGACGCCAACUGCGUGGCCGUUCUGCUGCCCACCACCGCCUUCCUCAUGCGAUUGAUUCCACCGCCCGUCCGCGCCAUGAUCGACGCCGGCGUCCCUGUUGCCCUUGGGACGGAUUUCAAUCCCAACGCCUACUGCACAUCCAUGCCGAUUGUGAUGCACUUGGCGGCCGUGACCUUUCACAUGUCCCUCCCGGAAGUGCUCAUUGCUUCAACGCUGAAUGCUGCCGCCUCGCUGGGAUUGUCGCGCUCGCACGGAUCCCUGGAGAGAGGAAAAUGCGCCGAUUUAAUGCUGAUACGGGCGCCGCGAUGGGAGCAUCUGGUGUACCAAUUGGGCAGUGCCAGUCUCAUUCGCGCUGUUAUCAAAAAUGGCAGUAUUGUGCACGGAUGUUAAUUACUCAUUUUAUCCUGUAUGAUUUACGACAUUCCACCGAAUUGAGUGAAUGAGGUAAUUGAAGUUUUAAGCUGUGAGUCUAUGUAUAAACAAAAUAUUGAUCCUCUUUCUGUUGCUUCCCAUGACCUUUCGAUAGUGUGUAGUAAAUCCAAAAUCGGAUAGUAAAUGCCGUAAAAAUGCGCAGUAAUGCGCAUGGUUGGAGUGUAACCU